GCAGGCGCGGGGCGCGGGGCAGGCAGAGCGGGCUACGGCGCGGAGCUCGCAGUGCAGCCCGCGCUUCCUAGCGUCCGUGCCUGGCCGCCUGUGCCCGCCGUGCCCGUGGCGCCAUGGCCGCGGACGCUCUCCCGCUCCGGCCGCUGCUCCUGCUGCCGCUGCUGCUGCUGCUGCUGAGCGGCCGCCCCGCGCGCGCCGACAGUAAGGUGUUUGGGGACCUGGACCAGGUGAGAAUGACCUCAGAGGGCUCCGACUGCCGUUGCAAGUGCAUCAUGCGGCCCCUGAGCAAGGAUGCUUGCAGCCGAGUACGCAGUGGGCGGGCGCGCGUGGAGGACUUCUACACGGUGGAGACCGUGAGCUCGGGCACUGACUGCCGCUGUUCCUGUACCGCGCCUCCCUCCUCUCUCAAUCCCUGUGAGAAUGAGUGGAAGAUGGAGAAACUCAAAAAGCAGGCGCCCGAGCUCCUCAAGCUACAGUCCAUGGUGGAUCUCCUGGAGGGCACGCUGUACAGCAUGGACCUGAUGAAGGUGCACGCCUACGUCCACAAGGUGGCCUCCCAGAUGAACACACUGGAAGAGAGCAUCAAGGCCAACCUGAGCCGGGAGAACGAGGUGGUGAAGGAGAGCAUGCGCCACCUCAGCGAGCAGUUGAGGCACUAUGAGAAUCACUCCGCCAUCAUGCUGGGCAUCAAGAAGGAGCUGUCCCGCCUGGGCCUCCAGCUGCUGCAGAAGGAUGCCGCCGCCGCCCCCGCCACCCCUGCCACGGGCACUGGUAGCAAGGCCCAGGACACAGCUGGAGAAAAAGGUAAGGACAUCAGCAAGUAUGGCAGUGUGCAGAAGAGCUUUGCAGACAGAGGCCUCCCAAAACCUCCCAAGGAGAAGCUGCUGCAGGUGGAGAAGCUGAGGAAGGAGAGCAGCAAGGGCAGGUUCCUCCAGCCCACAGCCAAGCCCCGCGCCCUGGCCCAGCAGCAGGCUGUGAUCCGGGGCUUCACCUACUACAAGGCGGGCAAGCAGGAGGUGACCGAGGCGGUGGCAGACAACGCCCUCCAGGGGACUUCCUGGCUGGAGCAACUGCCGCCCAAGGUAGAGGGCAGGUCCAACUCCGCAGAGCAGGAUGAGGCUGAGCCCAGGUCUUCAGAGGGAGUGGACCUGGCUCCUGGCACCCCCACCUCAGUCCCUGCCACCACCACCACCACCACCACUACGACCACCCCAUCCCCCACCACCAGUCUCCUGCCCACCGAGCCACCUUCAGGUCCAGAAGUCUCCAGCCAAGGCAGAGAGGCGAGCUGUGAGGGCACCCUCCGGGCUGUGGACCCCCCCGUGAGGCACCACAGCUAUGGGCGCCAUGAGGGAGCCUGGAUGAAGGACCCUGCGGCCCGAGACGACAGGAUCUAUGUCACCAACUACUACUAUGGAAACAGCCUGGUGGAGUUCCGCAACCUGGAAAACUUCAAGCAAGGCCGCUGGAGUAACAUGUACAAGCUGCCCUACAACUGGAUUGGCACGGGCCACGUGGUGUACCAGGGCGCCUUCUACUACAACCGCGCCUUCACCAAGAACAUCAUCAAGUAUGACCUGCGUCAGCGCUUCGUGGCCUCCUGGGCGCUGCUGCCCGACGUGGUAUACGAGGACACCACACCCUGGAAGUGGCGCGGCCACUCGGACAUCGACUUUGCCGUGGAUGAAAGUGGCCUGUGGGUCAUCUACCCCGCCGUGGACGACCACGAUGAGGCCCAGCCCGAGGUGAUCGUCCUGAGCCGCUUGGACCCUGGCGAUCUCUCGGUGCACCGGGAGACCACGUGGAAGACACGGCUGCGGCGGAACUCCUAUGGGAACUGCUUCCUGGUGUGUGGCAUCCUGUAUGCCGUGGACACAUACAACCAGCAGGAAGGCCAGGUCGCCUAUGCUUUCGACACGCACACGGGCACCGACGCACACCCCCAGCUGCCCUUCCUCAACGAGCACUCCUACACCACCCAGAUCGACUACAACCCCAAGGAACGGGUGCUGUAUGCCUGGGACAAUGGCCACCAGCUCACCUACACCCUCCACUUUGUGGUCUGAGUGGAGACCUGUGCUCCCAGGAGAGGCGCAGCAGUGCGGGAGGGGCUCUCCACAGCAGCUCCUGCAACUGACCCAGUCUGCAAAUAUUUAUUGGGGGCCAGCCCAGGGCUGGGACUGGGCAUGAGGUGGUCACCAGGAUUGAGCUUCCUCAGCACCCAGUGGGUAAUACUUGCUUCCACUUGCAGAGCCCCGUGCCAAGCACUUCCCACACACUUACCCAUCUGAUUCUCCCAGCACCUCCCUUGGAGGUAGAGAUCAUGAACCCAUUUAACAGAUGAGGAGACAGAGGCUCAGAGAGGCACCGUCCCUUGCCUCAUGCCUCAGUUGUGAUCAGGCAGGCUGUGCUCUCACGACAGCCCCAUUUUACAGAUGAGGACGCUUUACCACGCCCUCCCCUCCCUGCCCUCCCCCAUCUCCCCUGGUCUCCCUUGUUCUCUCAACUCUCUCUUGCUUCCCAGGACCACUCAGCACCAGAGGCCUUUAGGGCCAGUGUGCUGGUGUCGGGUGGAGGCCCUGGCUCUGCCUGCCAUCCCGGGGCUCUGUUCUGGCUGAGCUGUUGGUGGCCCUGGGCUUUGGGUCCCUUAGCCAAUGUCCUUGCCUCUUGUCUUUGGCCAGCCCCCGAGCCCAGCCCACCCCACCCGCUGUCCGGCCACAUUCCAAACCUCUACCGUCACCUAGCUGCUGAGCAGAAACCGCACCCCGAGAGAAAAUCCCGUCCUUGUUCCAAGGCCCCUUUCUGCUCUGUGCUCAUUUUUAUUUUCUCUUAUUCUUCAUCAGUGCCGUCAUUUGUUUCUGCAGCAGCAGCUGAGAAGGCAGCAGGCAGCUCUGCCAGGGUGGGGAGCUGAGCUGAGGCUCCCUCUCCACCCAGAAGCACUGGCGUUGCUCACAUAGUCAGGCCUUGGGUCCCCUCCCUGGUUCAUCCCAGAGCCUUUGGGUCUGGAGUCCGCCUUGUCCUUUUACUCUAGGCUUUCAAACCCAUAACCUUUACACACUCAGGGAUACCUCCGGGUCUGCCAUGAAUAAGACCCUAGGCCCAAGGCUGGUGUGGUGCCAGGAUGACACAGUUUCCCUCUUCCUUGCCAGCCCUGACCUGGCCCAGCAGCCUGGGGGCUACAGAAGACACGGUGUGAGUAGUUGGUCCAGCGGAGGCCUCAGGCCUUCUUCUGUUUGCAGGAGAGAACCAGAGGGUGGGAACAGGGAGGGAAGAACUGAGGGUCUGCAGACUGGACUUUUCCUGGCUUCAGAGUCCAACCCCAGGACUUGGGUUGAGCAUGCACGGCGGGGGGCCACCUUGCCCAGGGCCACUGAUGGCUCCCCAGAGCCUCAGACCCACACAGCCCAAAGGACAAGGCCUUCAAGCCUGCCCCUCUUCCGCUUUGUUUAGACAGUAUUUUUAGAGCUGGAGAGAAAUUUUCUAGCCCAACUCCCUGUUUCAUGAAAGAGAAAGAGGCUCAGAAAAGUUGAGAGAGCAGCUGAGUGUCACACUGGGAGCUGGGCACAGACCAUCUUCCAGAGGGGUUCUGUCAUGGAGGCUGCCCUCCCUGGGAAGGCACCCCAGCACCUGUGAAGGACAUUACUACUCAUCCCCACCCGCCCCCUAGCCCUUGCUGCCUUCAUUCUGUCCCGAUGCCAGCUCCCGGGAUGUCUGUAAGUUUGAAUACCAGUUGCCAUGUUAGGAAAGUCAGCUGCACAGCCAAGAGUGUAAGAGUGUAAAGAAAUGCUUUUUUUUUUGAGAUGGAGUUUUGCUCUUGUCACCCAGGCUGGAGUGCAGUGGCGCAAUCUUGGCUCACUGCAACCUCCGCCUCCUGGGUUCAAGUGAUUCUCCUGUCUCAGCCCCCGUAGUAGCUGGGACUACGGGCGCCCACCACCACAUCUAGCUAAUUUUUGUAUUUUUAGUAGAGAUGGGGGUUUCACCAUGUUAGCCAGGCUGGUCUCGAACUCCUGACCUUAGGUGAUCCACCCGCCUUGGCCUCCCAAAGUGCUGGGAUUACAGGUGUGAGCCACUGCGCCUGGCCAGGAAAUGCUUUUUGUGCAGAAUACACUUCUUUCAGGCAUUGUCAGGUGAUGUUUUGUUUAAGCUCUAACUCACCCCUGGAAUACAGGGGGAUGAUGACACCCAGCCCAGCCAGGCCUGACUCAUCGUGGUCAUAUCCAGCCCCCACCCCAGGCCAACCAACCACUGCAGGCUCCUCUUACAGACUCACCAGGGGGCUGCGAGGCCCCAGCAUCUCCCUUGGCCCUGGGUGUGGGUUUUACAAGACUGUGUCUUUCGUGACAUCAUAGCCCAACGAUGUGAGAAGAAGGAGAAGGCCCCCCUUUCUUCAUUAAUCUGAAAAAAAGGAAAGUAAGAAUAGGCUAAUUUUUUAAAAAGUUAAAGGGCAAGCAGCAUUGCAUUCUGGGGGAAUGCUGGCCACAGCCUCCAAACAUUCACUAGGCCUCUUCUGUUUUCAGACCCUUGUAAGUGGGUUAUGUGGUGGGUAUGGGCAGUUUUUUUUCUUUUCUUUUCUUUCUUUUUUCUCUUCUUUUUUUUUUUUUUUUU